CGCCAUGGGCCCGAACGAUGUGCUGUCGACGCUGCGGCGAACGUUGCAGGCGCCAGCGGUCUUUACCUCGAGCGUGCGCAAGCUCGUCAAGUCCAAGGACCUGUCGUCCCUCGACGCUGUCCUGGCGUCGAUCCAAGUCGCCGAUGACUGCGACGCGCUCCUCCUUCUGUGGCAGUUCCUUCUCGACAAUAUCUUCCCGGUGCACCCGGAACGCCGCGUGGAAGAAGUUGCGAUGCAGCGCUGUCUCGUGGCGCUCCUCGAACGCCCAGAAAUCACGUCCAACUCGUCCCGCAAAGUCGACGCCCUCACGUCAGCCACCCUCCACCUCGCCGCCCGGUUGAACGCCCAUCCAAAAAAACUCGACGACCUGGACUCGCGCCGCGUCGACACUCAAUUUUGCACCCGGUUGCUCGCCUUUGCAUACCUUCAACAAGAAACUGUACGGCAGCACGUCGUGUCCAAACUGGCCCAAGUUACGCGGCAUCGCGACUGGUUUAAAAAGCCCGUCGCUCCUGCAGGCAGCGCGUUCCCGCACUGGGUGUCGUCGCUAAUGCCUAUCACAGUACAAAGCACGGACGUGACCACGUUCGAGCAAGCGUUGCUGCAUUGGCUGACAGUCGAGACCCCCGUAGACGACAAACCGCUCGUGCAUCACAGCCCCGACGAGGCCUUGCUGUUUACAUCGCUCGUCGACAGCGGCGAGUGCUUCUUUACGUUUGUCACAAGCUUGAUUCAGUGGCGAGAAAAGGACGCCAUCACGAACGACCAGUGGGCUGCUUCCAUCCCGCACUACGACACUCUCAUCACGGUUGCGCUCCGCCUCCUCCACGAAGCUGCAUACAAGCGGCAAUUUUACGACUUUUCAGCCCCGAAGUAUUCGACGCUCAUCCUGAACCGCGCCAACCAAGACGCUGUGCUCAGCCUUAGCAGCCACCUCCUCAAGAAUGUCGACCUCGUGCACAUUUGCGUCCUCGCUUUGUUUGAGUCGACCAACCUCGCCAACCCGAAGAGCGUCGGGUUGUGCCUCGACAGACUCGCGGAAUGGAUUGCGACUACUGGCAUCGUGUGGCUGUCUUCGAUCAAGUCGUCGCCGGCCGAGUUCAACUGGACCGUGGCGAUUCGAUUACUCUUGCAUUGUGAGCAAGCUGAAGUCGUGAUGCGGACUCUUCACUUUCUGUACAAAGUGCUGGGGCUGCUGCCGUGGGAGCUUCGGCAUCGCCUCUUGCGUACACUUGCGCAACGGCACUUUGCCUUGUUCUUGCACUGGCACCGCGACGUCCGGCUCAUGUACCACCACAUCCUCGUGUAUAAGAUUUGUCCGCAGGUGCACCGCGCCGUCCUCGACAGCGCAACGGACGCCUUGUUGAUGCGGUCCGAUCUGCCCUCGAUUAGCGACGCCGACGACAUGGCUCGAAUCGCUUCUACGAACAAGAGCAACACAACUAUCGCUCGCGAAGUCCAAGUGUGGCGCAACUUUGACGGGUUGAUUGCGCUCGUGUGCUUUAUGGAGCGCGCACGUGCAGUGGAGGCCAACAAAGACCACAAACGCGACGUCGAGUUUGCACAAAACCGCGUCAACCAACUGGCAAAGCUCGUGGCUGUUGACGAUAUCACGGCACGGGCGAGCGAUGAUUCAGCGUCCGAACUCGACAAGCGGCCAGCUUCGUUUGCGUUCGACCAGGCCCGGUCCGACUUGGACUUGAUCAUCACGUCCGAGCGGCUCACGCUAACUAGGCUUUCCCGCGCGCCACCACACUUACGCCACAUAUCGGAUGACGAAGUGCAGCACCUCGAGUCGGUCGUUCGCGCUGUAUGCCCGUCAGACAUUGACGCCUUGUACCCCAAAGAGCUCCAAGUGUACGCACGGAAAUCGCUCACGUGCUACUUGACCGUCCUGCAAAAGUAUUACGCGGCGUGCGCGGUGGAUGCCGCCGGCGACGUGAUGUUGAACCACUUGCCUGUGUCCCCAUCCCUUGAAUAGUCGUGCGCUCGUUGUACAAUACCACUGUCUUUGCGCUUUUGAGUGGCUCAUGAGGAUCGAGUUUUUUCUACCUUAGGCAUCCUGCGUCGAUCGCAGCAAACACAAGCGAGGUGUUGCAUGCUGCGCUCGCUUUCUUUGCUUGACGGACCAAUCUGCCCUGUAAUUUCACGCACG